GCUAGCUAGCCGCAGCGCGUUCACUUUUCUAGCCAAAGCGCUCGUUCUUAGGUGGCUACAGCAAAGGCAGACGGUCUGCGACACACUCGAAGGCACAUCUGUCGAAACCUGGAGCUGGAAGGCCGCGAGACUGUCUGUCAGAGCCAAUCCCUCUGCAGCGCCAUCAGAGCACUGAACAAAAAGCACGCCGUCGCCGCGCAAGCAUAGAUCAACACAAGAUGAGCAAGACGCCGCCCCCGGGAGCCAUCGAUUAUGAAGCCGCCUGCGCCUUGCUCGGCCUGCCCUGCGCGGCCGACCCGAAUGAGAUAGACGACGACCAACUUAAGAAAGCGUUUCGGAAGGCCGCUUUGAAGGCCCACCCCGACAAGGGCGGGAGCGACGACGCGUUCCGGCAAGUCAAGGCGGCGAGCGAGUGCAUCGUGCGGGCGAAGAAGCACGGCAUCGCUCAUGCAGCCGAUGCGGUCGACUCGGAUGAUGAAGAGAACAACUUUGAAGCGUUUUUUGAUGAAGAGGGUGAUGAUAUCAUGGCCGAGAUUAUAUUGAGGAUGUACGAGAUGGAAACGGGCAGAGGUGCUACUGGAAGUAAGCGGAGGAAGAUCCGCGACUUGGUGGAGCGGUUACGACGAUCAGAAGAGUCCAAAAGACUGGAGGCCGAGAAGCUCGCUCGAGUGGCUGUAGCGAAAGCUCAGAAAGCCAAAGAAGAGCAGCGCUUCUGGGCGCGCCAGGAGGCUUCUGGAAGUAGGUCGCUGCAGGAGGGCGGUGCGGGGUGCUAUCUCCAGUGGGACCCCCGACAACUACGGAGAGAACUGCAAAAACGUCGGCUCAAACCGCCGCGACCGUCUACAACAAAAACGAUGGCCGAGGAGUUGUUGAAAGACGAUGAGAAGAAGGCGUCGCAACAGGCGGCCUCGGAGACGUCGCUCGUGUCUCCGGGCGCGGCACCACCACCUACACAAAAAAAGAAGCCCGUCUUCCAACGACCGCGCGACAAAUUACGGGACAAUCGGAGGCGGCGGGCCCAGGAGAUUCUGAAGCAGCAGGCCGCGGAAAGCGCCGAGCGGGAGCGCGUCGAGACUCUGUAUGUGGGCGCGGGGCUGUCUUUAUUGGGACUGGCGGUCCUCAUCUUCUUCCUGGACUUCCUCUUCUACGUCGGCUUCUGGCGGUGUUUCACGCCUCUGGCGGCGGUCUUCGGGGGCUACUUCUACUACGCGCUGGCGGCGGAGCCCCCGACGGCGAAGGGGGGCUAGCGUGUCCUAAUGUAACUUGUUGUGAUCUCGA